GUGUUGUGUAGAGUGGGGGUGUAUCGAUUGCUCCUGCGGUGUAUUGAUUGCUCCUCCAUCGCACUGUCUGACCACGCACCUGGAGCUCGAGGCCCGGCCCGCAUCACAGGCUGGUACCGGAGGGUGUCGUUUGAAGUCAGCUGGGGUGCCGCUGGGCAGAUUGAUGGGACAGGAGAGAAAGCAAAGACGUACACGACGCAGUGGGCGGACAACCAUUGCUCCUGGCUGCUAAUAAAGGAAAACCGCGUCUCGGCUGUGUGUCGCUGGAACAACAGACAGCCCAGCGGAGGGAACGCGGCACGGGAUCCCGCCUGCACCUGCUUUGUUGUCUGUGCUCGUCUCGUUCACCGUGCGGAUAACAUGUUUCAUCGGAGCGCUUUGUUACUGCUGCCCGUCUUUUGUAACAUCAUCAGCAACUCCAGCGCUGCAUCCUCAGCAUCCCGUUCAGGGAAGUGUGAGGACAGCUUGGCCACUCCUCUUCCUUACAGCUCCUUCACCGGGUCGUCUCUAUACAGCCGAGGAAACGGAGCCGGUUAUGCCAAACUCAGCCGGAAACAAGGUUCUGGAGGGUGGUCGCCAUUGGAUACAGACCGUUACCCGUGGCUACAAGUAGACCUUGGUUCUAAGAAGCAGGUGCUUGCCAUAGCAACACAGGGUUGUUAUAGUAGCUCUGAUUGGACCACAAAGUAUCGGCUACUUUACAGUGACACACAGAAAAACUGGAGACCUUAUCUACAGGAUGGAAACAUUUGGACAUUUGAAGGGAAUGUGAACAGCGAGGGUGUAGUUCGCCACGAGCUGCAGUAUGCCAUCCUGGCUCGCUACAUCCGUUUCAUCCCAGUGGACUGGAGCAGGGCGGGUCGCGUCGGGGUGCGCCUGGAGCUGUAUGGCUGCUCAUACUGGGCCGAUGUGAUUGGUUUCGAUGGGCACGGGGUCAUCUCCUACCGCUUCAGGAGUAAAAAGUUAAAAAUUGUGAAGGACGUCAUCGCUCUGAAGUUUCGCACCACAGCAGGAAACGGGGUGCUGCUUCACGGAGAGGGGCAGCAGGGGGACUACAUUUCCCUCGAGCUUCACAGAGCGAGACUGCUGCUCAGCAUCAACUUAGGCAGCAACCAGAACGGUUCUAUUCAAGGUGACACGGCUGUGACCAGUGGAAGCUUGCUGGAUGAUGACCACUGGCACUCUGUUGUCAUCGAGCGUUACCGCAGGAAUGUCAAUUUUACUUUAGACCGCCACACUCAGCAGUUCAGAACCAAUGGAGAAUUUGAUCACCUGGACCUGGACUACGAGAUCAGCUUUGGAGGACUUCCUGUGUCUGUGAAGCCAACCUCAGGAGGCAAAGAGAACUUUGUUGGCUGCAUGGAAGGAAUUACCUACAACGGGGAAAACAUCACUAGUCUGGUGCGCAGGAAGAAGGUUGACACCACCAGCUUUCGUAACCUGACAUUUUCCUGCUCCGAAUCCAACACCUCCCCAGUUUUCUUCAACUCCACAUCCUUCCUGCGGCUGCCGGGUCAGACUGACAGCGACACCCUGUCAGUCAGUCUGUCUUUCAGGACGUGGAAUCCCAACGGCCUUCUGAUGUUCACCGCCCUGGCGGAUGGCUGGGUGGAGCUGGGCCUGACGGAGGGAAAAAUCACCGUCUAUAUGAAUGUGACACAGAAGAAGAACACACGCAUAGACAUUUCAUCAAGUUCAGGUCUGAAUGAUGGACAGUGGCAUAGUGUCCACCUGAAUGCACUGGAAAACUAUGCAAUGCUGACAGUUGAUGGAGAUGAGGCCUCCACAGUUAGAACAGCUAUCCCCAUCCAGAUCCAGACUGGAGGAACAUAUUACUUUGGAGGUUAUUUUCUGCAAACUAACCCCAGAUCACAUCAGCGCUCCUUCCAGGGCUGCAUGCAGAUGAUCCACAUAGAUGAUCACCUGGUGGACCUCAAGGCGGUGGAGCAGGGCCUCAUUGGAACUUUUGAAAAUGUCAGCCUAGAUAUGUGUGCCAUUAUAGACAGGUGUGUUCCAAACUACUGUGAGCACAGCGGCCGCUGCUCUCAGACGUGGGACGCAUUCACCUGCAACUGCAGUGGCACUGGCUACACUGGAGCUACUUGCCAUACCUCACUGUAUCAGCAAUCAUGUGAGGAGUAUAAGCACCAAGGCAAGAGUUCGGGGAGCUACUGGAUAGACCCAGAUGGCAGCGGCUCUAUAACCCCCUUCAGAGUCCACUGUGACAUGACAGAGGAUGUGGUUUGGACCACGCUGAGGAACGACCUGUCUCCUCAGACGUCAGUAUCCAGUGCAGACAAGGGCAACGCAGUGCUGCAGAUUUCUUACAAUAUGACUGAGGAACAGAUGUUGUCAGUAACCAGCAGUGCAGAGUACUGUGAGCAGUACGUCGCCUACGCUUGCCGAAUGUCCCGCCUGCUCAGCGGUCCAGAUGGCGUCCCUUUCACUUGGUGGUUAGGAAGAGCCAAUGAAAAGCAUUCUUACUGGGGGGGUUCAGGACCAGGGAUCCAGAAGUGUGCCUGUGGUAUUGAACACAACUGUACUGAUUCCAAACACUACUGCAACUGUGAUGCAGACCUGCGUGCCUGGAAUGCGGCCUCCUUUACAAGCCCCGCCUCUUACCUCCACUAUCCUUCUUUGAGAGAUGAAACCAGCACUGACAUCUCUUUCUACUUUAAGACGUCCUCUACUCAUGGAGUCUUUCUAGAAAUCCUGGGAAGCACCAGCUUCCUUCACAUUGAGCUCAGAGCCGACUCAGUGGUUUUAUUCUCUUUUGGCAUUGGCACUGAGAAGAUGGAGCUCAGUGUCCGCUCACCAGUGCCGUUAAAUAAUGACCAGUGGCAUCGUGUGGAGGCUGAAAAAAACAUCAAGGAGGCAGUGCUGCAACUUAAUGGACAGCACAGAAUGGUCAGGCCCACCACCUUACAGGGCCAUGCAAAACCAGAGCUCUACAGUGAUCUCUAUGUUGGUGCUUCAAGUGGUCAAAGAGGUUUUCUGGGCUGCAUGCGAGCUCUGAAGAUUAAUGGUGUGACCUUUGACCUGGAGGAAUGGGCAAAAGGGACUUCAGGUGUGAAUCCAGGCUGCCAGGGCCACUGCAACAGCUACAGGAUGCACUGCAGAAAUGGAGGAAAGUGUGUAGAGCAUUACAAUGGUUACUCCUGUGACUGCUCCCUUACUGCUUACGAUGGACCCUUCUGCACUGAUGAUGUAGGCGGCUACUUUGAGACGGGGACAUUGGUGCGUUACGACUUGCUGCCAGAGGGGGGACCUUUUGCAUUGAGGGACAUGAAGAGUCUGUCAGGUGUUGGUGUUUCAAGUGAGGCCAACCUGACUCAGGAGGAGCUUGUGUUCAGCUUCAGCACCUACAGUGCUCCCAGCAUUCUUGUCUACAUCAGUUCCAGAACUCAGGACUACUUGGCUGUGGUUCUCAGACACAAUGGCACUCUCCAGAUCCGCUACAGCCUUGGAGGACUCACAGAACCGUAUACCAUAGAUGUUGACCAUCGUAACAUGGCCAACGGUCAGCCACAUUCUGUCAACAUAACUAGGAACUUAAGGGAGAUACGGCUACAGCUGGACCAUUAUCCAGUGUCCACAUAUACGCUGCCUGAGGCCUCUGACACCCAGUUCACUUUGGUCAAAAGUAUCUUUCUUGGCAAAGUCUUUGAAACAGGCCAGAUUGACCCCAUCCUGAUCGAGCGCUACAACACACCGGGUUUCAUGGGCUGCCUGUCAAGAGUUCAGUUUAACAGUGUAGCACCGCUGAAAGCUGCCCUGCGCUCCAGCAUAGCAGCACCUGUCAGCACCCAUGGGAUACUGGUUCCUUCAAACUGUGGAGCCUCCCCCCUGACCAUCUCCCCCAUGGCUUCAGCCAGAGACCCCUGGCACAUAGAAGCUGGAGCUGUUUUCAACCUCAAUGAGGACAAGUUCAGUGGUGAUGGUGUGGAUCGCAACUCGGCUGUCAUAGGAGGAAUCAUCUCCAUGGUGAUCUUCAGCGUCCUGUGCAUCAUGGUGUUCGUGAUCCGUCACAUGUUUCGUCACAAAGGCUCCUACCACACUAACGAGGCAAAGGGAGCCGAGUCAGCAGACUGUGCCGACGCAGCGAUCAUUGUCAACGAUCCGGCCUUCACCGAAACCAUUGAUGAGAGCAAGAAAGAGUGGUUCAUCUGAACCCUCAUCGAUACGGACACACGUUAGGAUGUAGUUUUGCAGGCUUAGGGAGUAGCUGGAGGUGACGACCUACUAACCCUGGAGGAGCUGAGGACUUUAGAGACAGUGGAAACCAUUGGUAUUUUAGCUUGGGUAUUAAAGCACAGGGCGCAGAAGUGCCUGGCAGCGACAGUGUGGAGUGAUUCAUAUGAUGGAAGGACGGCCUUCAGUGUACGGUGCCAUAAAGUUUCAGGCCUUGGAUCAGUCAGUAUGUUCAUUUGCUUUUAUCUUAUAUUUUUAUAUAUAUAUCGCUCUGACUUUGAUUUCAGUAUGUAAUGUAUUUAUUUAUUGAUAUUAUAUUUUUUCAAAUGUUGAUAUUAUUUAUUCUUAAUUUUCUUUGUGUUUUUAUUUCAUGUGUUUGUGCUUUACUUCUGGUACUUUGACUUUAAGAACUUUGGCAUGAAUUAAAAUAAUUAUGAAUUAGUCCCAAUAAGCCUUUGUGCAUAUAGCGACAGUAAACAAUUUGUAUAUUACAAAAGUGUUUUUGUAUAUUAAGUGUGAUACGUUAUAAUUUGCCUUAUUUUUAUAAAAUGAUUUAUUCUGUAUGUUGGUAGUUUAAUUUUGGUUCUCAGACUAAAAACUAUGGUGUGUGUGUGUGUGUGCGCGACACAUGCACGUGCAUGCAUAGCUGGCUUGCUUGUCUGUAAAGGAGAUGUAGCCAUGACAUUGUUUGCAUCAUCUGAACUCAGAGCUUCUGUUGAUUUCUGCAUCUGAAUGUGUCUUUCAAAGACUUCUUGAUACUUUUUUGCCGUGAGUUCAGGAAACACACUCAGCUUGUCUUAAGCUGCCGUUUGUCCAGGGCCAGACUACAAAAACAGAACAAAUAACUUUAUUAAACUUCACCUUCAAAUCCACAGUGAGGCAGCAUUAAGUUAGUGAUUCCACUACCAAGGCUGGUGAGGGACGAGUAAAGCACAGCACUGUAGCAAACAAAUACUCUAACUUCCCUAAAGUGAACCAAAUUCCUUCCAACAGCUCCCAGAGCUGGCAGAUGUUUUCACUGUCAGCUGCUGAGGGCCAAACUCCACAAUCCAGACUAAACUGUGCCUCUAACAGCACCCCCGUCACUACCUUCACAUGCUGAAGGUAAUAUGUUUGACACAAAGCUGGUGGCAGAUCUGCGACGUGUCCACAUUGAAUCUGAGGUCAAAUAAAGACAAAAGUAGGAAAAAGCAGCAGCCUCAUAACACUGCACUGGGCUUAUGGAUCAGGAAAGAACUCUUAUCUUGGAUAAUAUUCAAUUUAAUUUUGCACAGUGUUAUUGUAUCAACGAGCCCUCCCUGUAAUAUAAGACCGAGUGGACUGACAGCAGAACGGUUUCAUCUCGCUCACACAAGUUCAGGUGAACAGCAGCUGAGAACAAACGCCUCGUGGAGACUUGCUGUGACUGAACUAGGCUGCAGAGUCGGUUUCAUUCGACUCCAAGGUUAAACACAUUUAAACACCAUCUCUGUAGAUGAAUGUGACAUGACGCAGAUACUCAUCAUCAAACAAGCAACUGGUCAUAUUUUGGCAGCAGGACAUUUUCCACACUCAGAGAAAUCCUUAUUUUCAUUUAGCACAGUCUUUCAGAGGUGUUGUUUUCUCCUCGGUGUCCCUGAAACUAGAAUAACGGGUCCGAUCAUGCUGAGAGCUGCUCCGUCCUGUAGAGCAGCUACGCUGAGCGGAUUCAAGCUGGUGAUAAGAGUGCUUUUGUUUCUUGUAUCUGGAAAUAUGUUUCUACAAAGGAAUGUUUGUCCGUCACACGCUAACGGCUUACACUUGACAUUUGAUUGUACUGCAUUUGUAUUCGUUUGACUGCAUUGAGAUGUAUUGGCAUGCCAUUUGUCACUGAUGACACGUUUCUGUUGAUGAACCACUGUAGCAUCACAUGGCUUUUUCUUCAUUGUCCUGUGUAUAAAUGAUUAUCAUUUAUA